AUGAGAUUCUUCGAUUUCCCAAUCGAAAUCAUACUCCGAAUUGCCGAUGACCUCGAGGUCGACGACCUUAACUGUUUCCUCCGGACAUCACCACGCCUGGCUAAAAUUCUCUCUCCGCUACUGCUGGAACGCGCAGUAACUCACAAUCUUAUGCACUACCGCAACCGUACUGUUCUUCAUUGGGCUUCCGCGCAUCACCGAAUCGACCUGAUCCAAGUACUCCUCGCCUGCGGUGCUAGCGUCAACAUCGCAGACGAAUGGGGCAUAACACCGCUCCACUCUGCGGUCCUCGCCGGUAACGAUCUUAUCACCUUGGUGCUCCUCGAGAACGGAGCAUAUAUUGACCAGGUCGACAAAGUAUGUGAGAUGACCGUACUCCAGUGCGCGGCGCUCGUAGGGAAUCAUAGGAUUUCUAGACUACUACUAAAUCACGGAGCAAACAUCGAUGCAAACAGCCCUAAAUCCAUGCGCAUGACUGCGAUACUGUUCGCUGUGGUGCUUGGGUAUAUUAGUGUCGUUGAACUGCUGGUGGGGAGGGGCUGCCGCUUGGAUAAGAUCCACGAGCGUGGGCCUACUCCAGCGAUGUUGGAUAAACAAUCUGGUCGGGGGAUGUUGGUUGAACUCUUGGGAGGCGUCAGCCGGCGAUAUGAUACCACGUUACAUGAAGAUGCAUAUGAGAAAACUGAAGAGAUUUCAACAAAAACUGUUAGCAAGCUUCAGGCUUAG